GCACAACAGUAAUGUAUGUAUAUAAAUCAAGUUAUAAUUUAUAAUUUCUUUCCCAUAAUUGAUGUCGUCUCUUUUGUAGCUGUCUUAGUUUCGAACGGUACAGACCUACCAAAUAACCCCAUUCCCAAAACUAACAAGACAAAAGAACAAGUCGUGGAUGUCACCAACACUACCCAGUCCACCUCGGGUACAAUAAUCAAGGUCAGUGUCCAGUGUGGUGUGGUCGUUGUGCUUGGUGCCUAUAACAACAGUCAGCCUAGUCUAGCCAGCUACCACUACAUUGCCAGUGCAACUGACAUGAAGCCGGGUAAAUUAUACCUGGUUAAACAAGCAUCCCCCUCUACGUUCUUCCUGACGAUAAUUUCCAAGAAACGAUUUGAUCUCCAGACCUCCGCUUGUAACAAUCCUUGUUAUAACGUCAGUCUCAACGCAACAGAUCCCUCUAUAAAAGUGACCUGCCGUCAAAAUAACAAAGAAAUACUAUGUAGCACCGAGGAUCUCAAAAACGUACUCGACAAAAAUAUAAAAUAUCCGUGCACGAAGGAAAAUCGCCAAAAGGGGCUAUAUAUUUUCCCCUAUCCUAAUCAACCUGAAAAGUACCUUCAAUGUGACUCAGCAGGGAAGCUGACCAUCGUCUUGUGUCCUAAAAAUCAAAGCUUUGAUGCAACCUCGAAGACAUGUAAACUCAGUCCGGUGACUCUGCCCCUACCAGGCAUCGCUUUGAGGAAAAAUCCUUGCAUCAUAUUCUAUCCGAUAUACUAUCGACCUCAUCCAGAGGAUCUUUCGAAAUUCAUACAAUGUAGAAGGGGUAAGAGUCUUGAGGUAACUUGUCCAGCAACACUAUACUGGCAUCCAGGAAUUUGGGGAUGCGUCUUUAAUCCAUUCAGUAACGUGUGUGGUGCUAACACUAAAGGCAUGCUUCAACCGCAUCCAUUCAGUAAUUCCUAUUUUAUAGCGUGUGGCAAAUGCAAAGAUUAUCAAAUAAGGAAAUGCAAAACUAACAAAAACUGGAAUUCAACCUUGAGCGAUUGUGUUUAAACUUCACCGUUUUGAAUGAAAAUGGAAUUUCUUAAAUCACUUUUGAUAGAAUUUUAAUGAAUAAAUGAUUUGCUGCACUUUCUUCUCAAAGAUAAGUAUUUGGAGGACUAAACUAGCACACACACAAACAUACCUGCACACAUGGACGUACACACAUACACAGAGACAUAUACGCACGCAUAUACAUACACACACACACAUGUACAUACACUUACAUAUCAGAAGCAAAGAUUAUUGUUUCUUUCUGUUUUUCUUUUACAGUCCAACACAAAUCCCUCUAAUUAGUUAAUUAAGCAAUAAAGAUUUUAUACACUAUUGUCAAUUAUAGUUAAUUAAGCAAUAAAGAUUUUAUACACUGUUGUCAAUUGAUCGCUAAUUAACCCCUUCCUAACUACAACUACGCUUAUUUAAUAAUUAUAUUUUUUAAAAUGAUUUUAUGUAAUUUUAGUUAAUUUUUGUUGCAAUAAAAUAAAAAAUUAAAUUCUU